AUGUCAGGAGCAAAUAAUGACUUGAAGCACAUUGCGGUGCUAGCAUUUCCGUUUGCCACUCAUGCUGCUCCACUCCUUUCCCUCGUUAGGAAGCUAUCGACCAUGGCUCCACAAACAAAAUUUUCAUUCUUUAGCACAAAACAAUCCAAUAACAAACUUUUCCAAAAUGGAGGGAGGUUGGAAAACAUAAAACCCUACAAUGUAAACGAUGGUUUGCCUGAGGAUUACGUGUUUUCGAUGGAGAAUUCCCAUGAACCAGUUGAGUACUUUCUGAAGGCAGUCCCCGGGAAUUUUAAGCAAGCCAUGGACGUGGCCGGGCAAGUUAUUGGGAGGGAAAUUACUUGCAUCAUGAGUGAUGCUUUUUUUGGUUUGGGGCGGAUAUUGCACACGAAUUGCACGUCCCAUGGGUGCCAUUUUGGACUGCUGGACCUCGUGCCCUCCUUUUGCAUCUUGAAACCGAUCUAG